AUCACCAAACAUAUUGACGGUACUCUCUUUUUCUUUGUCAUUUCAGCUAUAAAUCCCUUGCAUAGAGAGUUUUGUAACUAAACCUCACCAAAAAAAAAAAAAAAAAGGCUCACUGAUGUCUCGUGUUGGAGGCUCAAACAAGUCCCUGGCGAAGCCAAUUGCCGGGGACGAUCUUACAUUCUUUAGACAAAACCAACCAUUUGAGCUCCAACAGUACCCGAGAAGAGAUAAGCCUGAUGUCUCUCGCACUCUCGCGGAGCUCUUAAGGCGCGUAGAAGAUGCCAAUAGUUCAGGUGACAACACUCCUAUUGAUCAUAGAGUGCUUGAGAUUAGCUAUUCUUGCAGUUCCCUGCCAACAUCACACCCUUUUGUUCUUUCUUUUAAAAACUUAACAUACAGUGUAAAAGUUCGUCAAAAGCUAGAGCUUCCAUGUUUUGGAAAGGACGCUCAUGAUUCACCAGAGAAGAUCUUACUCAAUGACAUAUCAGGGGAGGCGAGAGAAGGUGAAAUCAUGGCCGUUCUUGGUGCUAGUGGAUCGGGGAAAUCCACGUUGAUUGAUGCUCUUGCAGACAGGAUUGCAAAAGACAGCUUGAAAGGAACAGUGUCUUUGAAUGGUGAAGUUUUGGAGUCGAGGCUUUUGAAGGUGAUUUCUGCAUAUGUCAUGCAAGAUGAUCUUUUGUUUCCUAUGUUAACUGUAGAAGAGACGCUUAUGUUCUCGGCCGAGUUUCGGCUUCCUCGUUCGCUUUCAAAGAGUAAGAAGAAGGCUAGAGUUCAAGCUCUGAUUGAUCAACUUGGUCUCCGCAACGCGGCUAACACAGUCAUAGGUGAUGAAGGACAUAGAGGAGUUUCUGGAGGUGAACGCAGGAGAGUUUCCAUUGGAACUGAUAUAAUUCACGACCCAAUUCUCUUGUUUCUCGAUGAACCCACCUCAGGUCUAGACUCAACAAGUGCGUUUAUGGUGGUUAAAGUCUUGCAGCGAAUUGCCCUGAGCGGAAGCAUUGUUAUCAUGUCUAUUCACCAACCAAGUUACCGAAUUUUAAGCUUGCUUGAUCGCUUGAUUUUUCUUUCACAUGGUAACACUGUCUUUGGUGGCACACCAGCGAAUAUUCCUGAAUUCUUUUCCGAGUUUGGGCAUCCGAUUCCUGAGAAUGAGAAUCGAACAGAGUUCGCUCUUGAUUUGAUUCGUGAGCUUGAAGAAACUCCUGGUGGAACCUCUAACUUAGUGGAGUUCAACAAGUCAUGGCAAAACAGAAAGAAUCCGAGAAAGCCAGAGUCCAAGAAAACAAGUCUAUCCCUGAAAGAUGCAAUAAGUGCAAGCGUUUCAAGGGGCAAACUUGUUUCUGGUGCUCCGAGUGACUCCAAAUCAACUUCCUCAUUUCCAACUUUUGCCAAUCCUUUUUGGAUUGAAAUGAUAGUUAUUGCCAAAAGAUCACUCACAAACUCAAGAAGAAUGCCUGAGCUAUUCGGAAUUCGCUUAGGCGCUAUUCUUGUAACAGGGAUUAUCCUGGCCACCGUGUUUUGGCAUCUAGACAACUCACCCAAAGGCGUUCAAGAACGUAUAGGCUUCUUCGCUUUCGCCAUGUCCACAACUUUCUACACCUGUGCAGAAGCAAUCCCAGUCUUUCUUCAAGAACGAAACAUUUUCAUGAGAGAAACAGCUUACAAUGCUUAUCGCCGUUCUUCAUACGUUCUUUCUCACUCAAUCAUCUCCCUCCCUUCUUUAAUUUUCCUCUCUCUUGUCUUUGCCGCCACAACCUUCUGGGCUGUGGGCCUAUCAGGAGGCUUCUUCUUUUACUUCCUCGCAAUCUUGGCCUCCUUCUGGGCCGGAAAUUCCUUCGUAACUUUCCUCUCCGGCGUCGUGUCUCAUGUCAUGUUAGGCUUUACAGUCGUUGUCGCCAUUUUGGCUUACUUCCUCCUCUUCAGCGGCUUCUUCAUUUCCCGCAACCGAAUUCCUCCCUACUGGAUUUGGUUUCACUACAUUUCUCUGGUGAAAUAUCCUUACGAAGGCGUUAUGCAGAACGAAUUUGGCGAUCCCACGAAAUGCUUCGUGAGAGGAGUGCAAAUGUUCGACAACACGCCAUUAGUGGCAGUGCCGGAGGCCGUGAAACUGAAGCUGCUGAGUAGUAUGAGCGGUGUUUUGGGCAUAAACAUUACGGGCAACAGUUGUGUGACAACUGGGGUGGACACACUGGUGCAACAAGGAAUCACAGAUCUCAGCAAGUGGAAUUGCUUAUGGGUUGCAGUUGCUUGGGGAUUUUUCUUCAGAAUUCUCUUUUACUUUACAUUGUUGUUAGGCAGCAAGAACAAGAGGACAUGAAUAAUUCCAUAUAAUAAUGAUGAGAACAUGAAAAUUGUUCAAGGAUUUUCUUGUUUAUAAAAUAAUUUUAAUUUAUUUUCAGAGUCGAUGAAGUGUGAAUGCUAGUGGUUUCGCUUCUUAAAUUGUAAGAUUUAUAGUGGAAGAUACUUUUAUUCUUUGUUUUA